UGCUGCUAUAAUUCUCCAUUCCCUCAAAAUCUUCCCCUGAAAAAUUUCCUUCACAAAAUCAUCAUACUUGUUAUCCUCGUAUAUAAAAGUGUUAGGUAAUGAGAUUUAAAUAUUGUAAAUGAUCUUAGGAGCCAAAAUAUAAUCUUUUGUUCUUCUUCUGGAAGGAAGGAGAUGCGAUGAUGUGGAGCACUACUCGACUUGCCGCCGCCAUAGACAGGCAAUCGGACAACUAUCUUUCUAGCCACUAUUCUGAUCAGAGAUUUUCACUUUCCCCAAUACUUGAUUCCGCUUCUGAGGUGAGAGGCGUGGUAGAUAUACUUCAGGGGUUAUCAAGUACUUUGUUUCAAUGGAAAGAUAAGGAGGGAUGUUAUGUUGUUGCUGCUGCUAGAGAUAGAGAUGUUAAUAAUAAUGAUAAAAUGGUUUUAGAUCGUUUACUUUAUACAGCUUCUUGCUUGAAAUCUGUUGAGAUUACCCUCCUUAAUAUAACCACUAAAACCUCGUCACCAUCUCCGACUUUGUUUGCAUUUGCUUCUGCCUCUUCUUCUUGUCUUAGGAAUUUACGUGAUAUUGCUUUGAAAGAACAAGUUAACAUUACCAACCCCGACACCCCCACUUUCCCUACUAUUUUGGGACUGGCCACUUCUUUAACAAGUCUUUGCGCAGGAGCUGAAUAUCUAUAUAAGAUAGUCCAUGGUGCCAUUCCCUCGAUUGAACAUGCUCCUGCUGAAUUGGCCGUUUACAUUCUCGACCAUCUCUAUCACAAUCUUAACAACGUCUGCCUUGACCCUGAGCAACAUUCAUACCGGAUGCUACUCUAUAUUUUUGUUUCAUCCUUAGUUCCUUACAUUGAGGUUCUUGAUUCCUGGAUUUUUGAGGGGAUAUUAGACGAUCCCUUUCAUGAGAUGUUCUUUUAUGCUAACAAAGAGAUUGCAGUUGAUGAAGCUGAUUUUUGGGACAAGAGUUACUUAUUCCGUUCAACUCAGCAUAUGAAGUUAGGCAUGGUUCCUCUAAUCACUUCCACUCACAAAAACGUGUUUGUUUCAUCAAAAACGAAGGGCCAAAAUGAAAGGGAUUUUGUGGUUUCUCCAUUGUUCUUUAAGGACAUUUCCAAGGAAAUCAUUUCUGCCGGAAAGUCGUUGCAGUUGAUACAGCAUAUCCCUAUCACAUCAUCAUCUACGCCACUUGAUAGGAAUUCUGAACGUUCCAUGACUCAGCUAAGCUUGUCGGAGAUUUUUUGUUUGUCCUUGGCAGCUCUUAUCGGCCAUGGUGAUCAUAUGUCUCAGUUCUUUUGGAAAAAUGAUAAAAUAGUUUCUGCAACUGAGUCUUAUGAGGGAACAGAGAGCAUCCCUGGUGUAGCAUACUCAGAUAAGAUAUGGUAUAAAUUUUUGGGUGAUGCACUGCCUGCAAAAAGAGAGAAUGUCGAUAUGAAAGGAGAGGGUAUGGAGUUCGGCGUUUCAUUUGAGCCCCUUGUUACUUCUAACUCUCCUGAAAAUCCCACUAUCACUGUAUGCCAAAAGCUUCUUCAAGCAAAUACUACUAAUUGGAAUUCAUUAAACUUGUCUAAGAACUAUAUUCUCCCUCCUUUGAAUGACGGAGACUUGAGAAAAGCUAUAUUUGGUGGGGCUGGUGGAGAACUUAUGACAGCCAGAGGAACAGAUUAUGCCUUCCGUUGUACAUUAGAGGACUCUGAAAAACUUCACUUUCAACACGAUUUAAAGAUUGUAGAAGCUUUAUUUCCUUUUCCCACUAUACUUCCAUCCUUCAAGGAGGAUCUACUUAUGUCGGAGCUUUUACCAUUUCAGAAAAAUGGCACUCUUUUGUCAAAAGUCCUUAGCUGGAUUCAAACUGUUGAACCAAAAUCUACCCCGCUUCCUGUCGUUAUUUUGCGAGAAUGUCUUACCUUUUACAUCAAGAAGCAGGUAGAUCAUAUUGGCAAUCAGAUAUUGUCAAAGUUGCUACACGACUGGAAAUUGAUGGAUGAGUUGGGAGUGCUGCGUGAUGUAUAUCUGUUAGGCUCUGGUGAUCUACUGCAGCAUUUCUUGACGGUAGUUUUUGAUAAGCUGGACAAAGGAAAAUCAUGGGAUGAUGAUUUUGAGCUGAACACGGUGUUGCAGGAAUCUAUUAGAAACUCUGCUGAUGGCACGGUACUAAGCUCGCCAGAUUCUUUAGUCGUGUCUUUAACAAAAACAGACAUUAGCAGCGAUGGUCAACAGACGACAUCAUUUCUUGUCUCGAGUCCCCGUAAAACUCGUGCAAGUGUCUCUGGAAUCAAUGAUCUUGACUCACUAAAGUUCACAUACAAGGUUCCUUGGCCGCUGGAGCUUAUUGCAAAUGCUGAAGCUUUAAAGAAGUACAACCAGGUGAUGAAUUUCUUAUUGAGGGUCAAACGUGCCAAGUUUGUUCUUGAUAAAGCUCGAAGAUGGAUGUGGAAGGAACGAGGUGUGACGACAGUUAACUGCAAACAUAGAUGGUUGGUGGAGCAAAAACUUCUUCAUUUUGUUGAUGCGUUUCAUCAAUAUGUUAUGGACAGAGUAUACCACAGUGCGUGGCGUGAGUUAUGUGAAGGUAUGGCAGCAGCUGGAUCUCUUGAUGAAGUGAUUGAAGUGCACGAGGCAUACUUGCUGUCAAUUCAACGCCAAUGCUUUGUAGUUCCGGACAAGCUGUGGGCAUUAAUUGCGAGCCGGAUCAACAGUAUACUUGGACUGGCAUUAGACUUUUAUUCAGUCCAGCAGACAUUAAGUAGUGGUGGAGCAGUUUCGGCAACUAAAGCCAAAUGUGAGAAGGAAGUAGAUCGCAUUGGGAAACAAUUUGAUGAUUGCAUGGCCUUCCUUCUCAGGGUACUAUCAUUCAAGCUUAAUGUGGGUCAAUUUCCACAUUUGGCAGAUUUGGUUACCCGAAUUAAUUACAACAACUUUUACAUGUCUGAUUCUGGAAAUUUGAUAACCGCUCCUGGUUCUGACUCUAUUAAUUUUAAGUUGGCAAAGACCAUUUCAGUUUAAAGAUGCAUUGGUCUCUUUUUGUCCUGAAUUUCCAAGUUCUUUAGAGAUGGUGAUCAAUCCCUCAAGAUCUGAAGAUGUAUCUGCAAAGUUCAAAUGAAUUAAUGAGAGAGACAACAAUGGCAGUAAUAUAGUGUGUGUAUAUUGUAUAACAACGAACAUAGUAUUACCAUCUUCAUAAUUUUCUUUCUUUCUCUCAGUGUUUUUAAUGCAUUCAUUCGAAGUUUACAUUGGUUCAGAAAAAUAUUUCGUGCAUAAAACUAGGGUGCAUAAAACUAGGGUUAGCUUGGGUCGGUUUUGGUCUAAAACCAAAACCCAAACCGAAGCAUUUGGUUUUUUUAAAAUAGAAACCGAUGAAUUUAGUUUUGA